AGAAUGAUAUCUUGAGGAAUUUCUGUUUUUGACAGCUGCAGCUGUUCUUUGUGGUUUUUAUUUUAAUACGCAUCGACACAAACAAUACGAAAUUUUAGGAAAAUUCUGAACAAUUUUUAACAAAAAAAUUGUUAAAUUCUCAUCAAAACAGAAAUAAAUACCCAGCAUAGAAAAACUACGCGAAUGAUUAUCUAAUACAACACAAAGGCCAGGAAAACAAGCAAUACCCUUAAAACAAAACAACCAAAACAAACAAUUGUUUGAGAUUUUCCCAUUUGUUUGGGGAGGGGUGUCAAUGUUUUGCCUAGAGCAAGCCGCAAAAAGCGGUGAUAAUUGCAGCAAAUAAGAGAUAAAACAUUCAAUAAAUUAAACAAAAUUAAAUACAAAUAACAACAAAAGGAACAUCAAACACACAAAUACAUAGGGAGGCUGUUGCUUAGGACAGUGGUGUUGCAUUAAAUUUGUUGUUUGUUAGGGAGUUGCCAAGGCAUUAUGUCUGUACGUUUGUUAACCACACGACUAGUCAAACAUGGUCGUUAUUUACUUCAGACCUAUUGGAAACGAGAUAUACACACCAACAUUUUGGAACAAAAUCAAACAAGAAAUACACGCCAACAACGUCUACCAUCUGUAGCGGCAGCAGCAGGAAGGAAAUGGGCUGCUAAGAAUGCCUUAAACUCUCUGGGAACUGCACCUGGCUCUGCAACUGCCACCGGGCAGUUGGCUGCCAGUGUGCCACGUUCGGCUGGUAUUUUUCGUUUUGGUCAACAGGCACGUAAAUUAUUCAUUGAUAAUAUUUUAAAUCGUGUUACCACCACCUAUUCGGCCGAAUUACGCACUCAAGCUACUAAAAAACUAUUCUACGGCGACUCGGCACCCUUUUUCGCCUUAAUAGGCGUAAGUUUAGCCUCGGGCGCUGGUGUAUUAACGAAAGAAGACGAAUUGGAGGGAGUUUGCUGGGAAAUACGUGAGGCGGCUAAUCGUUUGCAGAACGCUUGGAAUUAUGAUGAAAUUUCGGAUACUUUAGACUCGAGCUUUAGUAUUGAUAAGCUGUCGAUAGGGCCGGCCAUAGCUAAAGGUUGUGCGGCUGUGGUUUAUGCUGCAGCUAUGAAAAAUCAAACGCAGUCUAUGGAUUCAUCUGCAGAAACUUUAAAUGAUUCAGUAGCUUCUUCAUCAGCACACUUUAAGGUGGAUGCAAACUCUCCGGAACGUAGACAACCUUUACAGCAGCAGUCUUUUCGGCCAGAACUAAUGUCUCCUUUGCAGAAUAUGUCUAGAUUUGUGCAUAAUUUCGGUGGUUCGGUAGAUAAUGUGCAGUUGUUUAGUCAAACCUCGGCCGCCACACAAUUUGAACAGAUUCUGCUUAAGCAAGAACAUCAAGAUCAACAAAAAGAUUUCAAAUUGUUAUCAAAUGAACAGCAAACAUUUUCCGGAGUCAGCAGUGGUUUAGCUGGAAUGCAAACCUUGGACACUUCCACUAAUGCCAGUAUUCGCCGCUAUCCUUUGGCCCUGAAAAUGAUGUUUAACUAUGACAUACAAAGCAAUGCCAUGGCUAUUUUAAGGGCCAUGUACAAGGAAACUGUACCCGCUAGACAGCGUUACAUUAAUGAUGCCGCCGAAGCUUGGGAGCAGCAUAUACAAGAUCAAACUUUAAUUUUACCACCCCAUCCCAAUAUUGUUUGCAUGUAUGGCUUCUUUUGCGAUGAAGUGGGUAAUUUUCCCGAUGGCCAUCUCUUGUAUCCCAUUGCCCAGCCCCAGCGCAUUAAUCCCAAUGGUUAUGGCCGCAAUAUGUCUUUGUAUUUGCUAAUGAAACGUUAUGAUUACAGUUUAAGGGCAUUUUUGGACUCGCAUCAACUUACCACCCGCACUAAGUUACUGUUAUUGACCCAAUUAUUGGAGGCGGUGGCCCAUAUUAGUCGUCAUGGCAUAGCCCAUCGUGAUUUGAAAUCGGAUAAUAUUUUAAUAGAGCUAAAUGAUGAUGAUUCACCUCCGAUAUUGGUGUUGUCAGAUUUCGGCUGCUGUUUGGCGGAUAAAGUUCAUGGCCUGCAGGUGCCUUAUACUUCUUAUGAUAUAGACAAGGGCGGCAAUGCCGCUUUAAUGGCUCCCGAGAUCAUUAACAAAAUGCCGGGUCCUUUUGCAGUGUUGAACUAUAGCAAGGCUGAUUUGUGGGCUUGUGGCGCCAUUGCCUAUGAAAUCUUUGGCAUGCCUAAUCCUUUUUAUUCUUCAAGUGGCGGCCUUAAUAAGGCCAAGGGACAGCAGACAUUUUCUUUGCGUAAUUCUGAUUAUAAAGAUGAAGAUUUGCCCGCUUUAACCGAUGAAUGUCCGGCCUUAGUACAGCAAUUGAUUUAUAAUAUUCUAUCACCCAAUCCUUCGAAACGUGUUAGUCCCGAUAUAGCGGCCAAUGUUAUGCAGUUAUUUUUAUGGGCUCCCUCUCAGUGGCUGAAAUUGGGUGGCUUGCCCAAUAGUCCAGAAAUCUUACAAUGGCUUUUAUCUUUGACCACCAAAAUUAUGUGUGAAUCGAAAUCUGUUAAUGACAAAAACUCUUUAGGCUCCUCUUCCUUUAUGUACCAACAAGCGGGACGCCGUACUUAUGUGGAGUACCUGUUGAUAAGCAGUUUUCUUUCACGGGCCCGUUUGCGUCGCAUUAGAGGAGCCCUUAAUUGGAUACAAAAUGUGGUCUAAACGAUUGGAACCUCUUAAUAACUCUCCACGAGCUGAGUUUAUCUCUUUAUUAUACCUACUACUCUAUAUUUCUUAUUUUAUAUAUUUUUUUUUAUUCAAAAAAGAAAACUUUAUUUUCUUACUAAACGAAAAGUUUAAGAAAAAAAAAAUUGAAAAAGAAAGAAUGAAACUGAAAAUAGAAUGAAAAAGUUUAGAUUUGUCUGAAAACAAAUGUGUGAUAUCUUUGGAAAAUAUAAAACAAAAAUUAUCCUACUAUUCUUACUAACCAAAAUUAUAUGUUUUUUUAGAUUGAUUUUUUUUUUGUAUAAAUUAGUUGCUCUAUUCUUUAAUUUAAAAAUUUUCUUUUAAGAAAUAUUCAUACAUUAAGAAAACGUUGAAAAUAAUUUACGUGUUUUUUUUUUGGUAAAACACAAACAAAAGUUUUUAAAGCUUAAUCACUAAAAAAAUGCUUUGAAUUUGAUGGCAAAAUAAUAUAUGAAAGAAAUAAAUAAAAACUACUUAAUGGAAA